CUCCUUCUCUUUUACUUUUCAAGAUUAUAUAUAACCCCUCCCUUGUAACUUUAGACUUUAGCCUUUAUUUGUUUUAUUUUAUUUUGGUGUUUUAUUUUUUCUGUUUGGUUGGCGAGAAAAUCAAAGAGAAAAGGAAAAGGAAAUUUUCAUUUUGAUGAGAGAAAAAAUGGAAACAAGAUUUCGUCGUGACAAGUUAUCUUCUGGUUCUGGAAGUUUGAAAGAACUUAAAAACUCCUUUCGUACUUUUGUUUCUAGAAGUAAGGAGUAUGCUAUGAGAGAUGAGAAAUUGGCGAAAGUAAUAAAGGAGUUUUAUAUUCCUGAUUACAUUGUUGCGCCCGAAGAAUCAAAUUCUAGUUCAUGUUCUGGUACUUCCGAUGAUGAGGACGAUGCACCUUCAUGUCCUGUUAUUGUCUUUAUUAAUUCAAAAAGUGGCGGUCAAUUAGGAAGUCAACUUUUAAUUACUUAUCGCUCACUUCUUAAUCAAAAUCAGGUUAUUGAUUUGGGAGAGAAAAAGCCUGAUAAGGUGUUGCAUCAAGUUUAUGCAAGGUUGCACAAAUUGAAGUGUAAUGGUGAUCAAUUUGCUGCUGAAAUUGAGAAGAGAUUGAGAAUUAUAGUUGCAGGUGGGGAUGGUACAGCCGGAUGGUUACUUGGUGUGGUUAGUGAUCUUAAACUACCGCAACCUCCGCCGAUUGCUACUGUGCCAUUGGGGACUGGAAACAACCUCCCUUUUGCAUUUGGAUGGGGGAAGAAAAACCCUGGCACGGACCGCUUAUCCGUGGAGGCAUUCUUGGAACAAGUAAGGACUGCCAAAGAAAUGAAAAUUGACAGUUGGCAUAUCAUCAUGAGAAUGAGGAUUCCAAAAGAAGGUUCUUUUGAUCCUAUUGCGCCCCUCGAACUACCUCAUUCUUUGCAUGCAUUUCAUCGGGUCUCUCAUUCAGAUUCAUUGAAUAUGGAUGGUUAUCAUACUUUUCGAGGGGGAUUUUGGAACUACUUCAGCAUGGGAAUGGAUGCUCAAAUAUCAUAUGCCUUUCAUUCCGAGAGGAAGUUACACCCAGAAAAAUUUAAAAACCAAUUAGUUAAUCAGAGUACUUAUUUGAAGCUUGGAUGCACUCAGGGAUGGUUUCUUGCUUCUGUUUUUCAUCCUUCUUCACGGAACAUAGCACAGUUAGCAAGGGUUAAGAUCAUGAAAGUAGGACAAAGUCAAUGGGUGGACCUCGAUAUACCUCGCAGCGUCAGGUCCAUUGUUUGCCUCAACUUGCCUAGCUUUUCUGGUGGACUGAAUCCUUGGGGAAAGCCCGGGCACAAGAAACUGCUUGAUAGGGACUUGACACCUCCAUAUGUAGAUGAUGGAUUCUUUGAGGUUGUCGGUUUCAGAAAUGCUUGGCAUGGGCUUGUUCUGUAUGCUCCAAAUGGACAUGGGACUCGUCUUGCACAGGCACAUAGAAUACGCUUUGAGUUCCGUAAGGGUGCAGCUGGCCAUACGUUCAUGAGGAUUGACGGGGAGCCUUGGAAACAGCCCCUCCCUGUUGAUGAUGACAAGGUUGUUGUGGAAAUUUCUCAUCGUGGCCAAGUGACCAUGCUCGCCACUCCAUCAUGCCGAUCCAGAAGCGUGUGUGACCCAUCUUCACCUACCUGGUACCAAGAGGAGAGCAAUGACAGCGAUGAAGAUAGGGAAGAAAGGAGGAAAUUCGGAGCUGCAGACACUUUCAAAUUUCCUGAUGGGUUUGAUAUUGCUCAACUUAGUUAAUUUAUCAACACGCUCAUUGUCCCUUUUUCAAGCGAGUCACUCACCAUUUCUUCCCUUGCUGCAGCUACAGCUGAAUUGUUUUUCUUCUAGGCUUAUAGAUAAAAUGACUCCCGACGACAGUCCAUGACCUUGUAAAAAUCCAUUUUCAAAUAACACGAGAUUUUUUCUUAA